AUGUCGUUGAUGAAGGAAACUGAAGUCCAACAUCCACAAUCCUCGGUUGCUCAACAACCAGUGACCUCUCCUUGGAAAAAGCGAUGUCAGACUGUACUUCUUCAUCUACGUAACCAUACUGGCGUUGGGAUGGUAUGCGCAGUGGCGUAUUUCGAUCCUGGCAAUUGGGGAGUGGAUUUAGAAGCUGGGUCUCAAUAUGGAUAUCGACUGUUGUUUGUCGUUUUGUUGGCUGGCGUUUUUGCGAUCUUUUUUCAAUCAAUGGCGAGUAGAAUGGGGUGUGUCACUGGUCUCGACCUUGCAUCACAUUGCCGACUACUCCUUCACUCCCGUCCAAAGCAUACCAUGUUGUGGCGGUGGGGCGUCCUAUAUCCACUCUAUCUUGUUUCAGAAAUCGCCAUAAUAGCAACAGACCUUGCAGAACUUCUCGGAUCAGCAAUCGCCUUAUGCUUACUAUUCCCAAAACUAGAGCUUUGGCACGGAGUUCUGAUUACAGCUUUCGACGUCAUUAUACUAUUAGCGUUGGGCGAUCCGUUAAGGAGUAGACCGCUGAAGUUGUUUGAAUGGUUCAUUGGGGCUUUGGUCAUCGCCGUUUUUGUCUGCAUGUGUAUCAUCGUAUCGGAAGUCAACAUUAAAUGGGGUCAUGCCUUUCAAGGAUAUCUCCCAUCAAAGUACAUCAUCCCGAACGGAGCUCUUUACGUCUCUGUUGGUAUCAUAGGAGCGACCGUUAUGCCCCAUAGUUUGUUCUUGGGGUCCGCCUUAGCUACGCAAGAUCGUAUAUCGACCAGCAGCCAUAAUGCGUUCCUCAAGGAAGAUCAGUUCUCGCCAACGAUGUCUCUCACAAGUAACGAAUCCGGCACUAUUACCAAGGAAUCUUCUCUCACCUUAGUAGACCGCUUACGCGCAGUAUCGUUUCAAGCAAAGCAAUACUUCUUGUCGUCCUUCCGCGUGCCUCCCCCUAGUACAUUCGCAACGCGAGCCACCUGCCAUUCGGAUCGGGAAAACAACUCGUUGGCAUUUGUGAAUGCCCAUAUAUACCACGGAUUAGUGGACGUGGCGGUUAGUCUUCUUGGGUUUGCUGUCGUUAUCAACAGUUUGAUAUUGAUAAUAGCUGGCGGGGUGUUCUAUCAUGGCACGGUCUCCAGCGAUGGUAACAAGCCAGCUGGUCUCUUUGAGGCCUAUGAUCUUAUUCGGGAUUUAGUAGGACAAGGUCCUGCUACCUUGUUCGCCGUAGCACUACUAGCUGCAGGUCAGAGCGCAUCGAUAAUCGCGACAGUUGCGGGUCAAGCUGUAUCGGAAGGUUUCCUCCAAUGGCGCGUUUCUCCUGUAAUCCGCCGUCUGCUCACCCGUCUCCUAGCCGUCAUACCAUCCAUGGUCGUCGCGAUUGCGAUGGGUAAACGAGGAAUCGAUACUUUGCUUGUUCUUUCACAAGUCGUAUUAUCUAUCGUGCUACCGUUUAUCACGUUACCAUUGAUCUACAUCACCAGCUCAAAGAGGUUCAUGUCGGUCAAGGUGCCUGUGUCCGUGUCCGCGUUGUCAUCUAGUACAAACGGAUGUGAGUCUGAAACGGAGAACGGAGGUGAGAAGACCAAAGAUUUCAGUAAUCAUUGGGUAUCGACGACUAUAGGUUGGGCGAUUUGGUUGUUGGUGUUGGUAGCUAACGUUUAUGUGUUGACGACUGUUAGGAAGGAGGUUGAAGAUGCGGAUUAG